AUGUCCUAGAGCUGCAAUUCAUUAGAUGUUAGCUGUUGAGCUGAAGCUGAGCUACAAAAGGCAAAAUACCAAGAGCGUAAACCAUCAUACACUUGUGAACCACCUUUGAAAGACAGAAAUGGCAUCCAGCUGUGAUGAACCUCCCGUUAGAAGAAAGAGGAAGGCCCCUGAUGAAGUAAUAACAAAGAAUGUUGUGGUUUUGAGAAGUAGUCAAGUUUGUGAAAUGGAUGGAGUUGUCCUCAUGCCAAACACCACUCUCAAGAUGUCUGACAUAAAGAAAAAUGGACAAUCUGGAAAAUUAUCAUUUACGAAGAGUACGUCAUCAACCGAAAUGGAAAGGAGCCUGCAGCAAACUUUUCCUUUUCUUGCUGAAUCUAACUCAAGAAUUUAUAGUGCCAAAGCGGUGGAUGGGAAAUCAAAAUUGGAUUUCUGUGGUCAACGUCGCAUGUGGAGUGGAGAGGAAACCAAUAGAAUAAUAACAGGAAACCGUGCACUUUACAUCUACUGUAAGGAAGAAAUCAGUAAGCAUUGUCCUUUACUUCCAGCUCAGGUGGAGAACUUACAGAUCUCAGGAACAGUCUCAUCAUCAGAUAACUGGGACUCAGGGUUUGAAACCUGUGGUAUUUCACAAGGUAAUCAUGAAUUGCAGUUUUUUAAGAAGAUUUUGUGA